GGAGAGUCUGAGCUUUGUAAACUCCUCAGGAGCCAGGAAGACCUCUGGGCAAACUCUGAGGGGCCCGUUCAGUACAAACCAAUAAAGAACAAAAGCCAAGAUGAAAGUCCCCCUACUUCUGGCUCUUCUCUUUGGGGCAGUUUCAACUCUCCAUCUGGGGACUGUAACGUCUAACUCUGAGAACUUCUUAGGAGAUGAGCCUGUGCCUCAGGAUGGGGAGAUUUCAGAAAAUGAGGCAAAGGAGGCCCCACCGGGGGAGCUGGCGCUGCUGGAGGAAGAGGAGGAGGGGUACUCGGGAAGGGAAAAUGCCCCUGAGGAGGAGGGGGCUGUAGAGUCUGCCUCAGCCCUGGAUGAGGAGGACAAGGACUUUCAGUGCCCUAAAGAAGAGGACACAGUGAAACUGGAGAACAGCCCUGGGUGCAAGAACUGUCCCCGCUUCCUCCUAUUUAUUUGCCGGAGGUGCUACCGGGGCAACCUCAUCUCCAUCCACAGCUUCUACUUCAAUCGCCGGCUCCAGUGCACAGUCGGAGGGCUCAACCAGGGCCAAGUCUGGAUCGGAGGCAGGGUCGUAGGCUGGGGACCCUGGAAAUGCUUUCGGUGGGUUGAUGGCAGUCGCUGGAACUUUGGAUACUGGGCUCCUGGCCAGCCCCAGCACAGGAGUGGCAGAUGUGUGACCCUGUGUACCCGAGGAGGUCACUGGCGUCUAACUUCCUGCCGCAGGCGCCUCCCCUUCAUCUGUUCCUACUGA